AUGUUGCGAGUUAGUAAACCGAAGACUAAGUACAUACCGGUAGACGGUGGAUGUUCAACCUGCGCUCCCUGCACGGGAUAUCCACUUAAUGGUGCCGUCGGACUGGUGUUUGUAUACUCGCAAAGCCCAAGGCGGCACUUCAACUCAUACUCCUGGGUUGUGAUACCCCGAGGCCCCGUUCAAGCGAAAGGACUUCUAUUACUGGCUCGCCCGACCGCGGAUCCCAUGCAUUUCUUCGAACCUAAAAGUCGUGCGCACUUAAUUUCCAUACUCUAUAGAAUUGCAGCAGAAGAAGUACCGACGGGAGAUUACACAAUUCCCCUUGGUCAAGCUGAGGUCGUCCUGAAAGGCUCUGACAUGACAAUAUUAUCAGUGGAACUGCAAGUAUGUUGUCACUCGAAGCUGCACAUGGCAAAGAGCAGUUGA